AGGAAGGUAAGAGAUCAACUGAGGGCACACAUGGGGGAGACACGAACUAAAUGGGACAGUACACACUGUUGACACACUCGUGUACGACAAAUACGUUGGUCUUAGAUCCAGUGACAAGGGAUUGCAGCCUAGUCCCGUGUUUUGUAUUUCAUAUGUAGGCCUAGCUGUUCUCUUUAAAUGUAAACAGAGUUCCAAUAAAGAAAAAAAAAAAGCUACACACCAUUGACUGAGGGUAAUCAGAGCGUGUGACUCGUCACCACUCCUUCGUCGCUAGCUUAGACGUGCCGGUGGAAACGAUGUGUAACUGUGUCAAGACUUCAAAACACACAUUGUAAUGAUGGAUACUUAAACCUGUCUCUUGAUUGAUAGCUAACUCUUUAAAUUCAGUGAAAGCGACAUAUGAUUCUGCCACAAAUUAAAAAAUGACGUCCGUCCAGUUAAUUAUAGCUUGCUUUUUAAUACCAGUCUCUGUGACGUCUGUGUGUACGGAGUGUGACCCUGACAUUCCUUCAAGAGAAACACCAAAAGACUGGUACAGAGACAAUGCUAUCCUGGAUAAGUCCUGCGGACCAGGGAAGUACAUCAACUCCCAGCAGCAAUGCGUUCCCUGUUUACAAGGGACAUUCAUGACAGCAGCCAUGGCCAAGACAAAGAAAUACAUUUUCUGCACGGCCUGCUUUAAGGUUGAGAUGCCCGAUCUUGAAGAGCUAGUGGCUGAAUGUAACAGCACGAGAGACGCUGAAAUCCAUUGCAAAGCUGACUUUUACCGAGGGCGGAAAUGCGAGUGUGAUUGGGAAUGCCUGCCGUGCUCUAUCUGCGGCAUCGGCUCCAAGCAGUUUCUGAACUACAAGAAGCGAGACUGCAACCAACUCCAAGACACUGUCUGCUGCGCAGAUGCUGAAGACACCCUGGAUGGAGACACGUGUGUUGCUGCCACGUCUGUAGCAACCACUACAACUAAAAGAGUGCCCACCACAACAGCUGCACCAGCUUACUCAGACGUUUAUGAGCACCAACAUGGUGCAUCGGGAAAUAAUAACAAUUCAGCUCAGAGAAAUCAAUUUCUGUCCAAGUUUUAUGUAUUUCUGGGAGUAUUAACUUUGCUCUUUUUGUAGUGUAAGCCUAAAAAUAAUUUUAUGAAUUCUAGUUAGCCUAUUUUUCUUCAUGAUAAAACUAGUGUUUUUUUUAAAUUUUAUAAAUGUUGGUUUCAAUUCCAAAAAAAAAAGUUCAUUGUAAGUUUGCAGGUAGUAAUGAAAAAAUGGGUUAGGCAUUAGGGGUUUUUAUUCCAUUUAGAAUGUUUUCAUUGAACCUGGAGUUAUCCCCUAAACACUAAUGACUAUAUCAAUUCAGUUUGUACCUGCCUAAAUUCUUCUUCUUGUGGAGAAAGCACUUAAUAAGAUAUAUACACUAAAAAAAACACAUAUUUUUUAAAAUGGUUUUGAUACGGUGGAAUAUGCUGUGGACAAUAUGCUAUCAGCAUGAGAUAUAUUAUUUGAUUGGUUUAGUUACAGAUAGUAAUGUCUGUUACAUAUUAGCUUUCAAAUCCUGAAGGAAAAUUGAUAAGAUUUUGGGUGGACAGUGAACAAUUUAUCAACAGAUAAGUACAUUAAUUAUCAAUAAUUAAGUAUCAACGGUCCAGAAUUUUAAAGAGUUCAAGAAUAAAAUAAGGGGUCUCAAUUAUUUCAUCUAAGAAUAAUUCUUGUGUCCACUGUGGUUCCUGUAUAUAAUUUUUUUUUCUAUAUAUAACAAAGUUGUCUACCUUUGCUUCUGCGUUUUUAUUUCAUCAGUUUUAUUUAGCAGAGGCAUAGCUAUGGUGGGGGAGGGAGGGGGAGAAUUUGAAAAUAGCCCCCGGCUCCCACUUGAGGGCGGCCCCCUAAUGAGUGGGUUUUUUUUUUACAUUAUUAAAUUUAUGCAAAAUACACGGGCCCCCAAAAGGUCAAGCCCCCUGGGCCUCCAAAUGAUGGCAAAUUCCUAGCUGCGCCACUGGUCAGUAGUGAUCUUUAUGAAAUAUUUGUAUUAUUCAAAUCUCAAAUUAUCACUUUUCAUUUUGCUUGUGUUAAAUUAUUAGUUUUUUUUUUUUUUUUAAUGCAACUCAAAAUGUUUCGCUUUUAUUUUGUCCUUGCUUUGAUUGCAAUCUCCUAUUUAUGAUGACUUUUUUUUUGUUACAAGUGUUCAAUAUUUUCAGCUAUUACUGUCUUCAACCAUGUACAUAUUUUCUUCUAAAAGUCUCUUGACAAAAAUCUAUUGUAAAAAUAGGCAGUAUGUAUGAUUUGAGUAUAUAUUUCUUUAGUGCUUCUUUUUGUAAGGAAAUAGGUGCCCGUACUCAGUGAUGGAUGGCCUGACUUUUAACUACUAUGAAAUUAAUAAUAAUUGUUAAAAUACAACAAAAGUAAUAAUAUUUUCCCCACAUUGAAAAAAAGUGCCGGUACGCCAUACCGGUGCGUAACCGUCACAAAAAAAGCACUGUGUUUCUUAAACUUUUGUUAUUAAUUUAAUGAAAUGCAUGUUUAAUUAUAAUAAUGAGCCAAAUAUAGUGCACCAAAUGGCUCCAAACAAAAAAAAAUGACUUUAAUGGGAUUGGCGGGUAUGUAUUCUGUUCGCAGGAAUUGAUGUAUAGAUUGUUCGCUGCAUUGUUAAAACUGUUAGAUACUUUACAUACGAGACAAUUCAUUUAAAUCUAUUUUUAGAAUUGGCUUGUUAUUUGAUUUUUUCCCUGUUUUCGCUGUUUAGUUUUGUUUUCUCUUUUUGCGUGCUUACAUUGGUAUUAACUUAAUAAUACUCAUUGUAAAAUUACAGCUAUACGGCACUAUUAAUUAGUUGAUGUAUCACUUAAUUUAAGCUAUACACAUAAAUAAUUAAUUUUAGGUUACAUACAAAAUAAGAAUCCAAUCCAGAUUUCACAGCUUAAAAUAAUCACUCUAUAAAAUAACACUUAUAUUUCUUAUAUAUUUUUUUCUCUUUCCUUUUCUACUCUGCUGUUAUAGUAGAGCUUUGAACUAAAGUUUUUGUAGAAGAAAAAAAAGAAACAACUGUAGUAAUAAGUGUUAAUGAGUAUUUUUUUUUUAAUGAUUAAACAAAUUGGAAGGGUUGAAUGAUAUUUUUUCUAAACACUAGGCCCUAUAAAUCUGUUAUCAGGCUGGUAUCAGGUUCAAAUCAUUCCCGCCUCACCUCACCCCCUCCAACACCAGGCUAACGGACGGCCAGUAUGAGGUUUGAUGUAGGGCUUUAAUCUCCCAAAUUUUUUUUUCUAUUUUUUUUUUUUAGGAAUGUUCAAGCUUAUAAAAAAACUACAAAUAUAUGAUGUAUUGUUAGACAUGUAAAUCUGUCCAUUUAUAUCUGCCAUUAAAGCACCAUUUGUAAUUUGUUUAGGUUAAGGAUCCAAAAGCUAUUUAUGAUGGGCCCAAAGGUUACGAAACAAUGCAGCAUUUUAUGUUGAUUCAAAAAUUAAAGAUGAUAUCUACUGGGGAUCAUGUGUCGAUUGUGACCUUUUUUCUCUCAAUGUGAUUUAUAUGUACCACAACGUGUCAAAUUUGUCAAAAUAUUUCUGUUUAAUAUUUGUGUCGUAGGAAAGGUUGCCACGUCCCGAAUUCUCCUAAAAUUCCACAAUAGUUUUUUUCCUCUACUAAUUUAGCCAGCCUACUAUUGAAACGGAGGGGACUUAAGAUUAACUUUUUUUUUAUUCCUUAAAUGUUAGUGAAACUUCUUAGCUGUAUGGGCUGCAGGGCGUGCACGUCAUGAUGACGUUACCAAGCAAUAACAAUUCAAAUUAUGUUAAUGUCCAGGAUAUGAAAAGACAAGUUCUGAAACGUGUGGGACGUGUGUGGGACAAGUGUGGAACAUGUGUGGGACAAGUGAGGAACGUGUGUGGGACAUGUGUGGAACAUGUGUGGGACAAGUGUGGAAUGUGUGUGGGACAAGUGAGGAACGUGUGUGGGACAAGUGUGGAACAUGUGGGACAAGUGUGGAACAUGUGUGGGACAUGAGCGGACUAUGUGUGGGACAGGUGCGUAAUAAGUGGGCUGACAAUUGUGGAGCAGCCUCAUUGGAUGCUUGAGAGAAUGAAUAACUUUACAUAUCUCCAUGGCGACCACUUCCAUAUAAACAAUUGGACUGCGAUAAACUCGAGUGAGAAAUGUAGAUGUGGUCCUGUGUUGGGGCCUUUAUAUUUCCUCACAAGGUUUAUAUUAAAAUGUCAAUAUUGGACACAACGUAAAAUUCCUUGUAUAAUCAUUCCAUACUGGCAGCAUGAUUUAAAUGUUUCUUUCUUGGUAUUUAAUUAGAACUCUAUUUUAUAUGCACAUUUUAAUUGUCUGAUCUUGUAAACUAUUCUACAAUUAUAGUGAUGUACUUCCUUUUAAUAAAAUUAAUAGAUUUUUUCUUGAA